UAGUGCGCGUGCGCGAUCAUGUGAGGGAGGGGGAGAGAGAGAGAGAGAGAUAGAUAUGACUCCACACCGAGAGAAACAUAACACAAGCCCGGCUGACGAAAUCUAAAUACGUGCGAAUGUCAGGAACGAAGAAACCUGUGACGCCGGGCGCCCAUUAGUGGAUUAACUGGAAGACAGGAGCCCUUCAAAUCGGAGCUAACCGCCGGUCCAUUCGAGUUUUCUUUCCCGUCCGCACCGCCCCCACCCUCCACACUCCAUACAAGCUGGAAGUCUCGAGUCUCGCCUGCCCGACGCUUUUGUGCUUUUUGGACUUGGCCGCGAUUUACAGGGUGAUUGAAGCUGAGGGUAGUAUUUUUGGACCCCCAGCAAGUGGCUAGUGAUGGCAAGCUCUGCUUCAGCAGAAUCCGCUUGCUCUGGAGGUGCCAGUGGCCCUUCAGGAGAAGGCAGCAGUCAGGACAGCACCUUUGAGUGCAACAUCUGCUUGGACACAGCGAAAGAUGCGGUCAUCAGCCUGUGUGGACAUCUGUUUUGCUGGCCCUGUUUACAUCAGUGGUUAGAGACCAGGCCAAACAGACAAGUGUGUCCAGUGUGCAAAGCUGGGAUCAGUCACGACAAAGUCAUCCCUUUAUAUGGCAGAGGAAGUACAGGACAGCAGGACCCAAGAGAAAAAACUCCACCUAGACCUCAGGGCCAGAGACCUGAACCAGAAAACAGAGGGGGCUUUCAAGGUUUUGGUUUUGGAGAUGGAGGUUUCCAGAUGUCCUUUGGGAUUGGUGCCUUUCCUUUUGGUAUUUUUGCUACAGCAUUCAAUAUUAAUGAUGGCAGACCACCUCCAGCUGUGCCUGGAACACCACAAUACAUGGAUGAACAGUUUCUGUCCCGUCUUUUCCUCUUCGUUGCCCUACUGAUUAUGUUUUGGCUGCUUAUAGCUUAAUGGGAGAAAUGAAAACACACAUGAAAGAGUGGAAGAGAAACAAACCACACAGAGCACACUUAAAAUGACUCUGCCUUCCCCCAUUUCUGGUUUUCAGUAACAAUUGAAUUGAGGAGAUAUCUUUAUAACUCUGUACUCUGUUUUGCAUUUGGUGAAGAGUUUACAUUUUUACAUAAACAGUUGAUAUUAAAUUAGCCAGGAAAAAUUUAAUAGGAUUUACGGUUUUAAGCAUUUCAGCAAUAUUGCUUAUGUAGAAACACUUGUUUAAGCAGUUUGAAUCCUCAUUCAGGGAAAGUGUAAGACUUGUAUUGAGUUUGUGAUAAAAUUACCAAAUAGAUGUAAUGCAUUGGUAAAAUUGUAAAUGAACUGGAAUUUCUUUGGGAAACCAGCAUACUAUGUGGGAAGCAAGUGUUAAUGUAAAAUCAUGCUUACUUUGAGAGCAACUAAUCUUUUAUUGGAAUCAUGUCAGUUUACUAGUUAAAGAAAAAAAAACUAUUUUAAAAUAUAUUUUUAAGCUUUUCUUGUCUUUAAAAUACUUUGAAGUAUUAGUAGCAAUUAAAAUGUCUUGGGAGUACAUUUUUGUACCGCCGGUUGCCAUCAUUUGAAAUGCUGGAGUGCUGUGAUAGUUACUUUGAAUCUUUAUGUAAAUUUUAAUUCCAUGUACAGCAGCUCGUUUAAUAUUAAUAAUUACUUGAAUGGUGUACUGUGCACGGAGAACAGUAGAUGGCAGAUCUGAGCUUCUAAAAAUGAACGUGAAACAGUGAUAAUAAAGACUGUGUGCAGUCAGUCAUUGGAGGCCUGGUUUGUGGCAGACCUUAGCUUAAUUUAGUAGGCAGGAGGGUGUAAAAUCUAUUUAAUAGUAAUUUCUUAAUUUCCUUCCUUUUUUUUUUUUUUUUUUUUUUUACUGUUUUGGCCAGUACCCUGCAUGGCCCCCUUUAUGUUUGACAGUUUAGAUUCUUGAAACUCAUGUAAAAACAAAACGGGUUCUCUAACAGAAAGAAAAUAUAAAACACACACAUUUAACAUGGUGGGGAGUUGACUUGCGUCCCUUUUGUCUUUUCAGUCUUCCUUCCUGAAUCUACCUUGAUGGUGACUACAGAUAACCUUUUUUUAAUCGCACUGUGUGUUCAUGUUAAGAGUCUGCCUUUCUUAGUGUGGCACAUUUGAAGAAUUGAGGGCUGGACUGGUUUCCUUGUAAAUCAAGGCUGAGUAGCCAGCAAGGCCUGUGAAGGAUGUGUGAUAAAGCUUUGGCACAACCCCAUGGUCAUCAAAUAGGGAAACACUUGCUUCUCAAUUUGCGAAGCGGCUCCUGUUUUUAUGUCUGUAAAAGGUUUUCAGGAAGGUGCACUUUCAACAUACUCGUUGGUGUAAGUUUGCAGCAUAGUUCUUUAAAGUCUUUAACUGUGGUGUUAAGUAGUUACACUGUCCAUUUAAAUUUCACCUCAGUUAGAAAUAGUACAGCAGUUUUAUUUUCAUGGUUAUUUACUUAUUGCAUCAUUUUUUAUUACUUCAGUUUCUUUUCAUACUCCUGAUUUUUACGGUUUGUUUGUUUUGAAAAGAAAAAACAUUAGGCAUGUCCUUUUCCUUUAAUUGAAGUAGAGCAUGACUCCAGUAAUGGGCCACAGCUUCCUUUAUUAUACUGUUGCCACCUUUCAAAAAUUGUUUAAACUACUAACUAAACUACACAAGAAGCUGAAAUGCUAGUUUGAAUAAAUAAAAACAGUAUUUUUUUUUCUUCCUUCAGUUUAAAUAAAUAAAUGCUAUUUUUACCUUGAAGUGCGGGUAGAAAACAGCAGAUGCAUCUCAAUUAUAAUUGUUUUUAAUCUCGUAAUGCUUAUCUAGCCACUUUAAUAUGUCAUUUAUUAACAUCAACAACAAUUUUGCAUGUUGUUACUGAAUGAUUUAUGCAUUGUGCACAACUCUCAACUGUGUAAACUACAGUACAUGUUUAAGUUAAGAUUGGUGGAAAGGCUAAAGAAUGCAGACAUGUGCUGUGGAAUAAAAAGUUAAAAAUGCUUAUCAGACCUGAGAGCCUCCACGCCUGUGUAAAGCUGGCCAGCUCUGAUAUGGAAGAAACCGCGUACACGUCUGAUGUGCAGUUUGUGUCAACAGUCCCCUUUUUGACAUCGCCAAUGGCACUUGCAGUUUCAUCAUGAUUGUUUGGCACAUCAAGUCUUUUUUUACUUUUGUUACACUUUGAACUGUGCAAUUUUCUUUUUUUUUUUCCCCUUUAAUGCGGAUUAAUGAAUCUAUGAAAUCUGUUGAUAGAAUGUGUACAAAAUGUAUUUCUUAAAUGUUCAUUAAUCUCUCGCAUUACUUCUAUGUACAGUAAUUAUGAAAUGAAUAAAUGUAUUUUUGAACAGUU